AUGGCUCCAGGGAACUGCACCACAGUGACUGGCUUCAUUUUCUGGGGAAUAACUGACAGUGCAAAGCUGCAAAACUUCCUCUUUGUGGUGUUCUUUGCCAUUCAUUUCUGUGCCCUGGUGGGGACUGUUGGGAUGAUCGUGCUGAUUAGGGUUGACUCCCAACUCCACAGCUCCAUGUACUUUGUCCUCAGCAACUUGUCAUUCUUAGAUGUUGUCUACUCCUCGGUGAUUGCCCCCAAGGCGAUGGUCAUUUCCCUAGCAAAGAGUAAAGACAUUUCGUUCCCUGGGUGUGUGGUUCAGUUUUUCCUCUUCUCCUUCUGUGCCAACAAUGAGCUUUGCCUCCUGGCUGUGAUGGCAUACGAUCGCUUCGUGGCCAUCUGCAACCCAUUGCUUUAUAAUGUCAUCAUGUCCAAGAGAGUCUGCUUCCAGCCAGUGGCUGGCUCUUACUGUGAAAUCUUCUGCUCUUACUUUCGCAUUGAUAAACUAGUGCAUUUCAUCUUUGCAGCCAUAGAACCAAUAGGGACCAUUUUCACCAUCCUCAUCUCCUACAUUUACAUCAUCUUUGCCAUCCUGAGGAUCCACUCCAUGACAGGAAGGCACAAAGCCUUCUCCACUUGCGCCUCCCACCUGACUGUCAUUUCCAUCUUAUAUGGGACCCUGAUCUUUACAUAUUUAUGA